UUUUUUUUUUUUAUUUCCCCUCUGUUUCUUGUCGGCCUUUUGUUGUUAUCGUAUCCAUGGAAAUAAUGGGAAACAGCGUGGUUGAAGUUCCCAUCGCUCGCGUUCCGUUAGGAAGAGAUGAGCUGGCAUAGGCCGAAAAGCCGAUUUAGAAAAUCCAAGACUUUCGAGAUCCAUGGUUAAGAUAAUCCUGUCGCAUUGAUUCAUGUCCUUUUUCAGCCCCUCCCGCAUAAUGAAAUUGAACCAGGUACUAUCUCAUGCACUCUGCAAGAGCGUGAUGGCGAUGUUAAAAAAAAUGUGGUUCAACACUAGAAUUAGCAUUAUCUAUUACAUUGUCUCUCAUGCACCCUGCACGGUGACUUUACUAACCCUGCAUCAAAAACAGGAAGUUGGUACGACCGCCGACGUCAAAGGCGGCGUCAUGGUGACUGCCCAAUAUCAAGGAGCUGAUCUUGAGAGCGCACGGGAUUGGACCUGGCAAAGGACAUUCCGCGCUCUUGACCGACUGAAAGGAAAUGGAUCGCCGGUGGAUCCGAUCACCGUGACCAACAGAUCGUAAUUGAACAAUCGGCACCAAUCAUUCCACCCACUCUCUGGUUGGGUUGUGGAUCACUACUGCAGUGGGAACUUAGGAAGCGGACUCACCAGCCACACUUCCCACAGCCAAGAGGGUCUUGGUAGUGGCUUUGGACUUGGCCGAAGUCCCAACUCCCAACUCCCAAAUCCCCUUAGAUGUGGAGAAAGCUCUUGUUUUCCGCCACCCGCUAACUGCGACCAUUGCCUACGGCAACCGUGGUCGUCUUGCGCGCUGAGAGCGGUUCACCGUGAGAGUUUUGUUCUAGUAAUUUCGGCUGGUAAUCACGGAGUUCCUCGUGUGAGCCCCUCUUGCAUCUACAAACCCACAGGUUUAGGGCUAAGGCGUUUUCCAGCCACUCGCAUCACUGCGGUGGCUGGAAUGAAGGACUGACACUGAAGUGUUGUUACAUUCGCAUGUACGGAGUAGGGGGGUGUACCUUCAUUUUACCGUCCAGUAGUUGCGAAAAGUAGGGAGGAACACGGACGGAAAGGAACUGAGUUCGAUCGACAGGACAUACGAGUUCUCUUCUCCACGACGGAUAAAGAUCGCCGGGGUAUAGCUUUUCCCCCUCAAAAAGAGAAAGGUUAAAAAAAAAAAAAAAAAAAAAA